GACUUUGACUUGUCAUCAGAACAAGAAAAAACUCCUAUUAUAGAAGCAGAAACAGCAAACACGCCAUAUUUACCAAAUAGUAAACCAAGUAAAAACAACAAUCAAGAUAAUGAAAACUGGGUCAGUAACAUAGAACAAGAAGAAAAACCAGUUGGUAAAGGCAAACAAAAAGCUACUUCUUCUACAAACGAAAACAACAAGGAUGUAACUUUUGAGGAAAACACAACUAGUAUCCCUAUUUCAAAACAUGGUUCACCUUUAAAGGAAGCAAAUCACAAGAACACAAAUAAUGAAACACCUGCUACAAACUAUGACCAGAAUAUAACAAUAGAACUAUUGAACU